UAGUCGGAAAAGUAUUUUCAAAUUUCGAAACCAGACGAUAAAAAAUGGGAGUGUCACUUCUUUCAUCACCCACAAUUCUGGGUUUUUUCUCAUUUUUCACUUUCUGUCUACUUGCAGACACGGUUCUUGGGGUCACCAGGCACUACAAGUUUGAUAUCAAGUUGCAUAAUGUGACACGUUUGUGCCAUACGAAGAGCAUUGUUUCGGUGAAUGGACAAUUUCCGGGGCCUCGCAUCGUAGCAAGAGAGGGUGACCGGCUUCUUAUAAAAGUCGUCAACCAUGUACCAAACAAUAUUUCUAUCCACUGGCAUGGCAUUCGACAGAUUCGAAGCGGGUGGGCAGACGGACCGGCAUAUGUGACUCAGUGUCCCAUACAAACCGGUCAAAGCUACGUUUACAACUUUACCAUUAUAGGCCAAAGAGGGACCCUCUUCUGGCAUGCCCACAUAUCAUGGCAAAGAGCCACUGUUUAUGGUCCCAUUGUCAUUCUUCCCAAGCGUGGCGUUCCGUAUCCAUUUGCGAAGCCUUACAAAGAAGUUCCGAUCAUCUUCGGAGAAUGGUUCAAUGCAGAUCCUGAGGCUGUUAUUAGCCAGGCACUUCAGACAGGUGGAGGCCCGAAUGUUUCGGAUGCUUAUACCAUCAAUGGUCUCCCUGGACCACUUUAUAACUGCUCUUCGAAAGAUACGUUCAAGCUUAAGGUGAAACCAGGCAAGGCUUACCUUCUGCGUUUAAUCAAUGCUGUACUCAAUGAUGAGCUCUUCUUCAGCAUAGCGAAUCAUACUCUCACUGUUGUUGAUGUUGAUGCCAUUUAUGUUAAACCGUUCGAAACUGAAUCACUUCUCAUCGCCCCCGGCCAAACCACAAAUGUGAUCCUCAAGACCAAACCCAGCUAUCCAAAUGCCACAUUCUUCAUGACUGCUAGACCAUACGUGACAGGUCAAGGAACGUUCGAUAAUUCAACUGCUUCCGGUAUCUUGGAAUACGAGUCACCUCCCAAUAGCCUUCAUUCGAGCAUCUCGAUUAAAAAUCUCCCGUUGUUUGAACCAACUCUACCUGCUUUAAACGACACUUCCUUCGCUACAAAUUUCACGAGUAAACUCCGUAGCUUGGACAGUGCACAAUACCCUGCCAACGUGCCCAGGAAGGUCGAUAAGCAUUUUUUCUUCACGGUUGGUCUCGGAACCAACCCCUGCCAACAUGACCAAACCUGCCAAGGUCCUAAUGGAACCAAGUUUGCUGCUUCGAUCAAUAAUGUAUCAUUUGCAAUGCCGACUAUUGCAUUGCUCCAGGCUCAUUUCUUAGGCCAAUCCAACGGAGUGUACACCCCAGAUUUUCCGCGAAGUCCUAUAAUUCCAUUUAACUAUACAGGCACACCUCCUAACAAUACUAUGGUAAGAAACGGAACAAACGUAGUAGUGCUUCCUUUUAACACUUCAGUGGAGCUAGUUAUGCAGGACACGAGCAUUCUCGGAGCGGAAAGCCACCCUCUUCAUUUACACGGCUUCAACUUCUUUGUCAUCGGCCAGGGUUUCGGCAACUUUGAUCCGAAUAAAGACACUGCAAAGUUCAACCUGAUUGAUCCUAUCGAAAGGAACACUGUCGGUGUGCCUUCGGGCGGUUGGAUCGCAAUUCGUUUUCUAGCAGACAAUCCAGGGGUAUGGUUCAUGCAUUGCCAUCUAGAAGUGCACACCAGCUGGGGGUUGAAGAUGGCUUGGAUUGUGUUGGACGGUGAAUUCCCCGAUCAGAAGCUGCAGCCUCCACCAGAAGAUCUUCCUAAAUGUUGAUCAAUAUGACUCAUUUUGAUUUGUUGACCUUUUUGUUUUCUUGUUUUGUGCUUUUG